AUGCUAACUUCGAAAUUGCUGUCUGCGACGAAGGGGUUGUGGUCGACAUCGAGAGGUGUUCGGAUUGCUAUUUCACCGUCGGGAAUAUUUAUACGCCAUAUUUACUAUUUUACAGGUGGGAGGGAACGGAUACCCAAAGCUGCUCGAUUCAUCUCGAAUCUUAAUGGAGUUGGGUCUUUUGGGACAAGGUCCACGGUGAUUCAGCUUCUGAACAAUAUUGGUUCAAAGAGAGAAGUUGAACAAUAUUUGAAAUUCUUUACAUCAGUGUCCGAACAACAGUUUGCCAUUAUAAAGGUUGGUGGUGCUAUAAUCAGUGAUGAUCUACCGGAAUUAGCAUCAUGCUUGGCUUUUUUGUAUCAUGUAGGAUUGUAUCCAAUUGUGUUACAUGGAACGGGUCCACAGGUUAACAACAGAUUAGAGGCCGAGGGAAUUGCACCGGAAUAUAUCGAUGGUAUUAGAAUAACUGAUAGAAAAACGAUGACGAUAGUUAGGGAAUGCUUUUUGGAACAGAAUUUGAAGUUAGUUACUGCUCUAGAGCAGUUAGGUGUUCGUGCAAGGCCAAUUACUUCAGGUGUUUUCACAGCGGAAUAUCUUGAUAAGGACAAGUAUAAGUUGGUUGGAAAUAUUACUAAGGUAUGCAGAGACCCAAUUGAAGCGUCUAUUAAAGCUGGUGCGUUGCCGAUUUUGACAUCGUUUGCCGAAACUCAUUUUGGCCAGACAUUGAACGUUAAUGCGGAUAUUGCUGCUGGUGCACUUGCUCGCGUGUUUGAGCCUUUGAAAAUUGUGUAUUUAAAUGAAAAGGGUGGUAUUAUUAAUGGUGAAACUGGUGAGAAGGUUUCUGUGAUAAAUCUGGAUGAGGAAUUUGAUGAUCUGAUUAAGCAAAGCUGGGUGAAGUAUGGUACCAAGCUGAAGAUCAAGGAAAUCAAGGACCUGCUGGACCAUUUACCUAGGUCUUCAUCUGUUGCUAUCAUCAAUGUCCAAGAUUUGCAGAAAGAAUUGUUUACGGAUUCUGGUGCAGGUACGAUGAUCAGAAAGGGUUACAAGUUGGUUAACAGAUUUUCAUUAAGCGAAUUCCCAUCUAUUGAUGCCUUAAGAAAGAUAUUGGAAAGUGACCCUGAAAUUGGCUCAGGGAAGACUUCCGUUGCUUCAUACUUAAGAGAUCUGGAACUUUCAAACUUCGUUGCUUAUUCGGACGAACCAUUAGAGGUUUUGGCUAUAGUGAAAAAGGACCACAAAGUUCCAAAACUUGAAAAAUUCUUGUGCUCACAGGGUGGCUGGUUAAAUAAUGUUGCUGAUAAUGUAUUUAAAGCCAUCCGCAGAGACUCGCCGACUCUACAAUGGAUUGUUGAUGAAGACGAUCCAAACAUUGCUUGGUAUUUUGAUAAGUCAGAUGGUUCUUACUUGAAAAAUGGCAAGGUGCUGUUCUAUUAUGGUGUGGAUGAUGUAAAUACUGUAUCCGAGAUCCUAAAUGAAUUCUCUAAAGAUAUUUCGUCUCCAAGUCAAUAUUCAAAACACUCUUCUAAUGUAUUUGCCUCAUCACAGUCUAUCAGGUCUUAUUCUUCAAUGCCUCAAAGAACUUCUCCAAGACUUAAAGGUACUAAUGAGACUGCUUCCCGCGUAGCUUUGAUAGGCGCGAGGGGUUAUACAGGACAAAAUCUGAUUACGUUAAUCCAAAACCAUCCUUACCUAGAAUUGGCUUUUGUUUCUUCCCGUCAAAAUAAGGGCAAGAAAUUAGAGGGUUAUACAAAGGCGGACAUUAUUUAUGACAAUCUGGACGUGAACGACGUCAAAAGACUAGAAAGCAAUGGCCGUGUCGAUGUAUGGGUCAUGGCGCUCCCCAAUGGCAUAUGCAAGCCCUUUGUAGAUGCUAUUGAAAGCGUCAAAGGCAGCUCCAAAAUUGUUGACUUGAGUGCCGACUAUAGAUUUGUCCCUGAAUCCACUGCUGCAUACGGCCUACCGGAAUUAAACGAUAGAACCAAAAUCGCUUCCGCCAAAAAGAUAGCUAACCCAGGAUGUUACGCAACAGGUGCACAGUUAUCCAUCGCUCCACUACUUCCGUACGUAGCGGGCACUCCUACUAUUUUUGGCAUUUCCGGUUAUUCUGGUGCAGGUACCACACCUUCACCGAAAAAUGACCCAGCCUAUCUUAAAGACAACUUAAUCCCAUAUUCACUAACAGAUCACAUCCAUGAACGCGAGAUAUCCACCAAACUAGGGCUACCAGUAGCCUUCACCCCACAUGUUGGCUCAUGGUUUCAGGGUAUUACAUUAACCGUUUCUGUUCCAAUCAAAAAAUCCUUCAUUGCUACGCAGAACAUCCACUCUCUCUACCAACAGUUUUACAAAGACGAACCGUUAAUUCAUAUCUCACAAGAGCCACCAUUAGUGAGAGAUAUAUCCGGCAAUCACAACGUUACUAUCGGUGGGUUUAAAGUCAAUGAUGCCCAAGACCGUGUCGUGCUCAUCAGCACCAUCGACAACCUCCUAAAAGGCGCCGCCACGCAGUGCUUACAGAACAUUAAUCUGUGUCUGGGAUACGGGGAAUACACUGGAAUUCCACUCACCACACACAAAACUUGA